AUUUCACAUGUUUGCUCAUUUUUCAAUUUUUCCAUUAAAGUGACAAACAUGCCGAGGAAUAACAACCAGAAGAUGCAGAGUGCAGCUGUCCGGCUGACUGAGCUGCCAUUGGUUCGUUCUCUCUGUGCAAAGCUGACCGUCCUGUAUGUCGGCACCAAAUGCAGCCACCCAAACCUGACGUCUGUGUGUGAGGUGAUGGAGAACAGUGUGGUGGCUCUGGGCACAGUGGCCUGUGACACAGUGCUGCCUGUCAUCAUCAAACUGGAGCCUCAGAUUUCACUUGCAAAUGACAUUGCUUGUAAAAGUCUUGACUGGCUGGAAACUGCAUUCCCAGUGCUUCACGAACCCACAGAGCAGAUUGGUAUUCGUGCAAAGAAAAAGAUACUGGAGAUCCAGGACACCGUGAGCGGUGCUGCUAAUGGAACUAUGGUCUGUGUGCUGCACACGGUCAUGUGGGUGAUGGGGAGGGCACAGCGGGUGACUGGUUUUAACGGUUACACGGCUGAUGGUGUGGCUAAGCAGUCACUCAUGGUACAAGCCAUCAGUGUGGGACUAGACUCGGCUCUGAACACAUCAGAGGCUCUGAUGAAUCAAAUGCUUCCCCCAACUAAAGAUGACAAAGAAGAGGAACUUCAACUGGUGGAAGGUUUUGAGGCAAAUGUACCCAAGCAAAGCUACACAGUGCGACUGUUUACUCUCACUGUUAAACUGUACAGAAGAACUUAUCACAGGGUGGCGGAGAAGAUGACCUCUGUCCAGGUCAUGAAGAGCUUACAGAGUCCUUCAGGUCUGGUUCAGGACCUUCAGAGUGGCUGGCGGUCCUGGAGCCUCCAGGGCCUACCCCGGUACCUCCAGGACCAGGCUGUGGCUGUGUCCAUAUUUGUCUCUCAGAUGUACAACUUAACGUGCCCUUCAGCUAGACACCAGUCCAACAUCAGAAUUCCUUUGAAGGCUGUUGGGGCUUCAUGGGGUCAAAGGAAUGUGGGUCAAGUCCAUCGCCAGGUGUCACCGAGUUGCAGACUGAGGAAGUCUGCGAGGAAGUCAGUGGUUGCUGGACAAUAACUACAGGGUUAAGGGCUGUGUGCGGUACUGAUAACUGAGUAACAUGUUUACGUAUUUUUGCCGAAUGUAUUGAAUGGAGGAAAAAAUUAAAAUCUAUGGAAAUGUUUGUAACUUCA